GCGACUAGGAGCAAGCCACAGUGUGGCCAGCGCAGCGUGUGCGGCUGCAAUCGGUCACGCUACCGCUGCAUUCAAGUCGCACGUAUACAGAAUCGAUCGCGCGGGAUCGCUUUUGUAAAUCAAAUUGUCUCCGAGAAGCUGCAGUUGUGUGCCAGCACUGCGUGCAGCAGCCUGUGGUGCAGCCUGCAAGGCUCGCGAGCACCAGCUCUAUCAAUGAUGAUUGCACGUCGCCUCGUCGCCGUCGUCGCGACAGCGGCAUCAAUCAGCCUGCAAGGCAUCAAGAAUUUCCGAAGACUGCGCGGCGCGGCGUCAUCCUUACCAGUGUACCGGUGUGCGGCCCUCGACGGCGCGACGCCAGCCGACGUGAUCGCGCUGGCAUCGAUCGAAGGCAAACGCCUCGGUCGUGUUAUUGAUUUGCGCAAUGACGACGAGAUAGGAAAGGGCCGUGCGAACCGGACAGCCGCAGCGACGGACUUCUACCGAUCGAUAGCGGCCGAGGAGCUCCUGAUCAACCGGCCGCUCCUGGGUGAUAUCACUGGAUUCUGGGGUGCGGUCGCCGAUCAGGCACCGCCCCUGCCCAUUCUUCCGCAAAUAGCGAUGCUGUGGUCCUCGAGGCCGCUCGACGAGGCGCUCUCGCGGGCCCUCGAGGACGGGGGACUGGCGAUGCUCUACACGUGCAUCUUGGCGAGUGCUCCUGAAGAGGUGGGCCGCGCCGUCGACGACGUCAUCGCGUGCGCGCUCAGGGACGAAGCUGUCGUCUUCCAUUGCGCCAAGGGGAAGGACCGGACGGGGCUCGUCGCGGCGCUCGUCGAGUCUAUUUGCGAGGUCCCGCGUGCGGAGAUUGUCAACGGCUACGCGGCGUCGGGCGCCUUGCUCGGCGGCGACGACGCGCCGGGGGUCGCCGACGAGCCGCGGCCUCCUUCGAGCGGCGGAGUGGACUGGGGCCGCUUCCGCGGGAGUCCCGCGGCUGCCAUCGAGGCCGCCCUGGACUGGAUCGAUAAAAACCACGGCUCGCCCGCGGCCUACCUUGAGACGUGCGGCGUGGACGCGGCGCGGCAGAAGCAGCUCCGUGACGCGGUGCUUUGA